AUGUUUAAUCCGCAUAAUAAGUCUUUUCUUCUAAAGAAAUCAGUGAAGACGGCGUGGUGUGCCGCUCACGUGCAAAAUCUCCUCGAGAAGAGUCAAUACAUUGCCACAAACAUCCCCAAAACAGUUGGUUCUUUUGACUUUUCAAAUGUAAUUGUGUUUGCAGAUCAUAUACUGUUACAUGAGGUACCAAUGUCCAUAAGAAUGUCAGGUCACAUUCUAAUUGGAGUUGUACGAAUAUAUUCAAAGAAACUCGAUUAUCUUUCUCAUGAUUAUAAUCUCCUUAGAAGUUUGGUAGCUAAACCAGAGGAUUUGAGACAGGCACAGUUUCAUUUAAUAACUUUGCCUCAAACACUAAAUUUGGACGAGCUCGACUUGGAGGAUGACGAUACACUUUACAUGGAAUUCGAAACUCAUAUCGGGAGUGAGGAAGAUAUCACUCUCUCUGAUCAAAUUCCUACAGGCAUUGAUCCUUAUGUUACUAUAACAUUCGACGACGAGGAUAUCAUUCCAGAAUCUAUCCCGAUGGAUAUCGAGAUUGAGAAAAGGCGUGAUGCUGCACGCGAUUUAAGCCCUGCGUCUCAUUCACCAUUUGCUGCACAACAACAGAAUGUCAGAGUUGGAUCCUUACAUGAAAGUUUGAAUGAUAAGGAAGCCACUAUUCAUAAUAUUGAUGAAGAAGUGUUAAAUUCUAGAGGGCAUUCCAUGUUUGAGUUUCGCUUAAGAUCUCCAAGUUUUGCUGGUUCUGAGGAAGAACGUGCAGAUUUUGUGCAUCCAUCACCUGAACUGGUUCUGCAGCCAAGUACUCCUCCUCCCACACCACAAACAAGGCCAAGAAAGAGGAAGCACUAUGAUAAGACCUAUGUCUUAUUAAGUCACAAGAUCCUGAGAAAAAGGCUUGAGGAUCCUAGUAAGACUGUUCGUAAGAGAAAGAAGUUGCCUUCAUCUAAACUAGGUUUUUGGAGACUUGAUAACCAGUCAAAGAAGGAUCAACUUUUCAAUGAGCCCUUGUUUACUGGUUUAUCUGCAGGCUUCUCAAAUGUUUUACGCAGUGUCUUUGAAAAGGACUAUGUAGCUUCAAAACCAUAUCUUGCUGUUCCUGAUGAAACUAUUCCAGAACCUGCAUCAUCUCCAACUCGAGAAGCUGAAACAGAAAUUAACCCGGCCUCUCCAGUUCCUGAUUCUACUAAUCGAGACAGUACAGUUCAGCGGCCUCCACAACAGGAAACUGAAGAUGUCCAAGGCGUUGCAGGUCCUCAAUCCGCGCGUGCAGAGUCUGUAGCAGCAGAAGCACAAUCUCCUCAGCCAUCUAACAAUGACGACAUAGAAAUCGAACAUUUCAGGGAUGGUGGUUUCCAUGAUUACAUGCCGUCACCACCUCCACGAUCCUCACCUUUUAGAACCAAUGACUUCACCACUCAGCCUAACACUUGGGAGACAGAAUCUUUCAGAACAGAGACUUCAACUUCCACAAAUCCAGAGAAUCUACCUGGACUAAACAUCCCUGAGUACAUGCCAUCACCACCUUUAAGAUCUUCGCCUUUUAGAACCAACGACUUCACCACUCAGCCUGAAUCAUUGGAGACAGGAUUUUACAGAACAGAGCCUUCAACUUCGACAAUUCCUGAGUCCUCCUCACCUGGACUAAAAACCCCGGGGCUUCCAACUAUUUCUGAAAGGAUGGACGAGGAACUUUAUUUCCUUGAGGACGGUGGCAAUAGCCAGGUAAGAUCACCAGCUACUCAAUAUUCUGAUGCUUUGCCAGGGAGGACAAGAACCGUGGCUCAGUAUCUUAAAGAACGUUGUUCAAGUAGUCUCACUUCAAGCCAUGCUUCUGGAGAUCUAAGUUUGAACAAGAUCUUGGAAGGAAAGACAAGGAAAAUAGCUGCUCGAAUGUUCUACGAGACACUGGUAUUGAAGUCUAGAGGACUUAUAGAUAUGAAACAAGACCAACCCUAUAGCGAUAUCUCUCUGAAGUUGAUGCCUGCCCUUUUCUCAAAGACUCAACUCUGAAUAAACAAUGCUCACUAUAUCCUGUGUAUACAGUAUACUAACGUUUAUGCUUGCUAGACAAGGAAGUAGUCAUUCUUAAUUUAUUGCCUACUUAACAGUUUUAUUCAAGAGAUUAACCUAACCAAGAGUUCAAUAAUCCCACGAAAGAGGAAAUUUCAAACCCACUAAUGAACUUACUCUCUAAGCUUCAAUAUCUAAAAUAGUAACUCGAAACCUUGCUCCCCAAAUAUUCUCCUCCUUAAAAAACGCACACAUUUAUUU